CACACAUUUCUUCCUUGCAAUUCCUCUCAGAUAUUUCUCUCUCUCUCUCUCUCUCUCAUCCUCUUUGUUGUUUGGUCUUCUGAUCAGUUCUAACACCGAUUUCUUUACACUCCCACUCCAAAUCUCGCAUGGUCAAGGAAUUUUAAGGUUUUUUCUGCAAAAUGGAGAAGAAUCAAGAGCUCGAGUGGGCAGAAGCACAACGGAUUGAAAUAGGUGUUGACCUGGUAGCUGCUGCUAAGCGUCAGCUUCAGUUUCUCUCGGCUGUCGAUAGGAAUCGAUUCCUUUAUGAAGGCCCUAGCCUUGAAAGGGCUAUUUAUCGAUACAACGCUUACUGGCUUCCAUUGCUUGCCAAACAUUCUGAAUCUCCACUAUUUGAAGGGCCUUUAGCUGUCCCCUUUGACUGUGAAUGGAUUUGGCAUUGUCACAGAUUGAAUCCUGUGCGGUACAAAUCUGAGUGUGAGGAACUUUAUGGAAAGAUACUUGACAAUUCCAAUGUUGUAUCGACCCUAGGAAGUUCUUGUCUAAGAGAAACCGAAGAAGUUUGGAAUGAAUUAUACCCUGAAGAGCCUUUCAACUUCAACUUCAACCCAACCGGAGAGUAUCAAGAGGAUGCCCUGAAAGUGCUCUCGGGACUUCAAAAAUAUACCAAAUAUGAUCUUGUUUCAGCUGUUAAAAGACAGAGCCCCUUCUUUUAUCAGGUGUCCCGACCUCAUAUGGACAAUGAAGUUUUCCUUGAAGAAGCUGUGGCUAGAUACAAAGGAUUUCUAUAUUUAAUCAAAAGCAACAGGGAGAGGUCUAUAAAACGCUUUUGUGUUCCAACAUAUGAUAUUGAUCUAAUUUGGCAUACUCAUCAAUUGCACCCUAUUUCAUAUUGUAAAGACUUGAAAAACUUACUUGGUAUGGUAUUGGAGCAUGAUGAUAUGGAUUCAGACCGAACAAAAGGGAAGAAAUUGGAUACUGGGUUCUCUGGAACUACAAAACAGUGGGAAGAUACAUUUGGUACUAGGUACUGGAAGGCAGGGGCAAUGUAUAGAGGCAAUAGCCCAUCUCCUCUCCUGCUAAAUUCGUAUUCAGGUUCAACUAACUUGAUUAAAGACGACAUGGUUUCAUCCCAAGAGUGUCAAAACACAGUUCAUCUUCCAGAAUUAAAGACGGUUGAGGUCCUAUUGGAGUUUGUGGAAGUUAAAAACAAACCAGAAGGGUUGAAAGGAAAUUUUUUUGUGCAAUUUAUGAAAAGUCAACCAGAUGCAAUAUUCAGUGCCAAACGGAAACUAAGCAUAUUAUCUGAGACAGGGGUGAAACAGGUAGCUUCUUUUCAGUGUGAACCUAAAGGAGAUCUGCAAUUUGAGCUCAUCUGCAAUAGGGCUUCCAGCAUACCGAUAACACGGACCAGCUUAACAUUGGGCUCCAUUUCACUCCCUCUACAUGACAUUCUUGUUCCAACCUCUAAGCUCUCAAUGGAGAGAUGGUUGGAGUUGAAGCCAGUUUCUGACCAUGUAAGCUCAAAGCCAAUUUCCCUCAGAGUGGCUAUCUCAUUCACCGUUCCCCACCCUGCACCACGGGAACUUCAUAUGUUUUUUUCUCGAGAACUAUCCAGAUGGACUUCUUUUCUCCCUUCCUGCACAAAGAUGCAGCACUCAAAGGGUUGGAUGCAAGUCACUGAUGAAGCAGGCAAUGAGGUCAUCAGCCUUCAAUUGAGGGAUUCUUUGAAGGAAAAGGUGGGGAAGAAUUCCAUUCCAACAAGUAAGGAGGUGAUUGGCAUAAAAAUGUCCGGUGAAUCAAGCCUUCUUGCUGAGUUUGUAAAGACAGGGUGGUCUCUGAUUGAUGGUCAAUGGUUUCUUGAUUUUCAAAAAAAAUCCAAUGAAGAUGAUCAUCUUUUCAAGCUUGUGGGCAAGCGGCUGGUGAAGUUUUUCCAGGGCAGUAAGCUGGAUUAUGAGCCCAAAAAUUGUGGUAAACAUAACCAUGAUUCGGACUUCGUGACUGCUAUCGAAUUCUCUGCAGAAUAUCCGUAUGGAAGAGCAGUGGCAUUGUUUGACUUGAAAUUUGGAGUUAUUAAGAUAAAAGAAGAAUGGAUGGUGGUGCCCGGAAUCAUGACAGCUUUUCUUCUCCUUCAUGCACGGAAGAAAAAAGGGUAUAAUGGCCUAACUGUAAGUGAAGAAAACUUGGAGGUUGCCCCUGUUCCUGAGAGUGUUCAUACGUCUGGCAAGGAAGAAAAUAAUAUGAAUUUAAUCAAUGUAUCCUUGUCAAGUACUGAUUUAAAAGUCAAUGUUUCUGAAGGUGUUUCUAACGAGAAUGUAACAAUACCUUUGAAAGAGGAUGAGCUUAGUAGUCAUUGUGGCCGAUGUGAUGCUGGAGGUUACACUGCAGGGUCCGGAAACAUGGUGAAGAGCGGUAGAUGUGGUGGAUGCGGUGCUGGCGGUUGUGGUGGUGGGUGUGGAAACAUGGUGAAGAGCGGUGGCUGUGGGGGUUGCGGUGCUGGCGGUUGUGGUGGUGGAUGCGGAAAUAUUAUAAACAGUGGUGGCUGUGGUGGAUGCGGCGCUGGCGGCUGUGGUGGUGGGUGCGGAAAUAUUGUAAACAGUGGCGGAUGUGGUGGAUGCGGUGCUGGAGGUUGUGGUGGUGGGUGCGGAAAUAUUGUAAAUAGUGGUAGUUCUGUUGGUGGAAUCGUGGCAAAGAGUGGUGGGUGUGGCGGCGGAUGCGGCGGUUUUGGCCAUAAAACUGCCCAACCAAAUGAAGGCAACCAGAGUGAUGCAAUUAUUGAAUGAGGUAUUACGGAAUGCCUAAUAAAACAAAGUGUUUGUAUUGUAUUACUUUCCUUCCAUAUAAAGAAAGUAUAAUACCCAAAGCCUAAAAACCUAUCCAAUAAUAAACACGAUUGUAUGCCUGUGUGAAUGUCAUGGUUUGUGUCUGUCUUAUUAUCUGUAAAGUGUUUGUCUGUAUAUAUUCACAAAUAAAUUCGCACGACCUUUUUAUUUCUUUUCAA